AUGGAAAACUACAUCCGGGGUUUAGAAUAUUUAGGUGAGAGUCAGGGUUCCUAUGGUGAUUUAUUGAUACCCAUAAUCAUGAAAAAACUUCCCUCCGAAGUACGACGAAAUUUAGCUCGAGAACACGGAAAUGUACGAUGGCACAUACAAGAUUUGAGAACUUCUAUCGCCAGAGAAUUAAACAUUCUAGAAAUGGGCAUAACUGACGAAAUAAGAGAAUCACAUUUGCCAACGGCUUCAUUAUUAACCGGAACCGGAAAGAAAAAAUACCCAUCUAAGAAAUUUUCGCACACAAGAGAUAAUGAUAAGGGUAAGAAAUUAUGUUUGUUCUGUGAAGGUGACCACAAGUCGCUUGAUUGUGAAAAAGUUAAAACACGUGAAGAAAAACUAACUAUCAUUAAAGCUAAACGUAUGUGUUAUAAUUGCCUGGGAAAAUACCAAGUUUCAGAGUGUCGUUCUAAGUUUCGGUGCAAGAAAUGCCAGCGAAAGCACCAUUCUAGUAUUUGUGACCAACCAUCGAAUUUCGAUUUGAACCCACAUGCAACAUCAUUUAAAAGCUCUACUUCCGGUCAAACAGGAAAUACAGGAACUGCUAUUCUUCAUUCAACUACGCAUCAAAGAUCGAACAUUCUACUCAAGACUGCUAUCGCUCAAGUAAGCUCCCAAGACCAUACCAUAACUUAUACAAACAUAUUAUUUGACGAAGGUGCUCAAAGGUCAUUUAUUACGGAAGAGCUUGCUGAGAAACUGAAAUUAAAGCCCAACGGUUCGGACACUAUAUCAUUAGCAUCUUUUGGUGGCAAAUCAGAACAGUGUCGUCAUAUACCCACAGGCAGAGUGUUUCUACACGUCGAACAUAGAGAGAUCAUACCACUUGACGUACUUAUUGUACCAACCAUUGCUGUACCAUUACCUAACUUGCAGAGAAAUGUGAAAUGUCUCAAAUAUCUCGAAGGUCUUAAACUUGCACAUCCUAUUACCGACACUGACGACGAUUUCGAUAUAUCACUCUUGAUUGGAGCAGACUAUUUUUGGCAAAUCGUGCAGAAUAAGGUUGUUAGGGGCAACGGACCUACGGCAGUGAAAUCAAAACUCGGUUAUUUACUGUCAGGACCUCUUCCGGAAGUUAAAAAUGCGUCGUCUGUUAGCUAUAUGUUUAAUGUUGUAACAGCGCCACCUAAUGCCACAGAUCUUGAGAGAUUCUGGAAGUUAGAAUCUAUGGGGAUAUUAGAAGAUGAUACUGAGAAAUCUACUUCCGGUAUACUUAACGAGUAUAAAGAGAACUGUAUCACGUACAAAGAUGGACGUUAUGUUGCAAAACUGCCCUGGAAAGAAGAUCAUUCCGUACUUCCUACAAAUUACGAAAUUUGCAGAAAGCGUACAGAAAACACAAUUAAACGGCUUUCAACAGAACCGGAUAUACUUAUAAACUAUGGACAAAUCAUAGAAGAUCAGUUAAAACGCGGAUUUAUUGAAAUAUGUGAUGCAAAUGUUACCACAUCAAACCCUGUACAUUAUAUACCACAUCAUUAUGUAAAGAAGGACUCGAACACGACACCCAUCCGCAUCGUGUAUGACUGCAGUUGUAAGUCACGUGACCAGCCUAGUUUGAACGAUUGCUUGAUGUCGACACCACCUGAACUGAAUGAUUUAACUGGAAUUCUUAUUCGUUUUCGAAUGAAUAAAUACGCCAUAGCAACCGAUAUUGAGAAAGCUUUCCUCAACAUCACUCUUGACGAGAACGACCGAGAUGUGACGCGAUUUCUAUGGCUCAGUGAUUCUAGUAACCCCAACAGCGAAUUGACAACAUAUAGAUUCCGAGCAGUCCUUUUUGGGGCUACGUCGUCCCCUUUUAUUCUCUGCGCAACUAUACUUAAGCACCUUGAACUUAACAACGACAAGAAAGCUAGCAAAUACCUACGUCAAGAUCUAUACGUUGAUAACGUGAUAUCAAGUUUCCAACAGGAAGAACAACUUCUUCACUUCUACACCGAGUCUCGUGAGCUAAUGUCAUCUGCAGGUUUUAACCUUAGGUCCUGGAGUUCAAAUAGUAAAAUGCUUCAAAAACAAGCAAUCAACGAUUCAGUAAUAGAUAAUGCACAAACUCCUAAGAUACUUGGAAUGAAAUGGGACACAAAUAGUGACGUUUUACUGUAUCCGGUCAGAAACAUACCAAAUACCCAGAUUGUAACAAGGGGAGAAAUAUUGCAGCAUACAUCCCGAAUCUAUGAUCCCUUGGGUUUACUAAGUCCAGUUACCAUCAGAGCUAAAUUACUUCUACAGGAGUUAUGGCAACAGAAGUUUGAAUGGGAUAUGCCAUUACCUGACAGUAUUCAAGAAAAAUGGCAUAGUUUAAUAACAGAUUUGAAUUCCGUGACAAAAACUACGUUUCCUAGAUACUACUUCGAUAAUACAUUAAACGCAUCAAGAAACACGUGCAUUCACAUAUUUUGCGACGCUAGCUUGGUAUCGUAUGGUGCUACGGCUUACAUCUGUAGAGACAACCAAUCUACUCUUGUAAUGGCUAAAACUCGGGUUGCUCCAUUUAAGAAGUUAACAUUACCUAGGUUAGAGCUAAUGGCGGCAGUAAUUGGAUCCCGACUCAGUAAACACCUGCAGCAAAACACCAGCAUAACACAGAUAUACCUUUGGUCAGAUAGCCAGAUUGUGCUUUCUUGGCUUCAGACGCCUAAAACCCUUCCGCAAUUUGUAAGGAACAGAGUGAUUGAAAUCCACGUGCUGUCCGAAAACCGGAAAUUGAAUUAUUGUCCGACGAAAGAAAACCCUGCCGAUUUACUUACGAGGGGUAUCUCUGUGACUCACUUCAAGAACAGUAAUCUAUGGUUUCAUGGACCUACAUGGCUUACCACACCUGACAGUUGGCCAGUUUGGCAAGAAAAAGAUAUUUACGUUACCAUGACAACGUUUAUUGACCCAGCAACCAAGCCAAAAGAUACAAUCUUACCAUUAAGCAAUAUCAGUUUCAUAGACAUGUCAAGAUUCAGUUCCUUAAGAAAGCUGCUCAGGGUUACAGCUUAUGUCCUGCGUUUUAUAUUCAAGUGUCGAGGCGGGAGUCAUACUGGAAGAUUAGACUUGUUAACUACAGACGAACUACGCAGAGCUGAGGAGAUGUGCACACGGAGUUGCCAGAUGUCCAAAUAUCAAGCAGAAAUAGAAGAUACAAAAUCAAAAAGAAACAAACUUCCAUUAUGUAGACAACUUCAGUUAUUCUUAGACAAUGGCAUAUUAAAGUGUCGUGGUCGUAUCCACAAUGCUCCAUUAGACGAGCUGACCAAAUUCCCGUACCUACUACCAGCUAAGCAUCCUUUUACAAAGUUACUUGUCAACGACGCACAUUCCAGAUUAUUGCAUGCCGGCGUUAGUUCAACUAUUACGUUUUUAAGACAGAAGUACUGGAUUCCCUCGAUUCGUCAAACUGUUAAAAACAUUUUACGUAAAUGUACAUGUUGUGUGAAGGUUAUUGGGAAACCCUAUUCAGCACCUGACCCACCUCCAUUACCAAAGUGUAGAGUUCUGACGUCAAACCCUUUACUUAUACAGGAGUAG